AUGGUCAAGACCAAGCUCUUCAAGACUGCUUACCUCUGGACGGCGGCGAUGGGGUGGUGGGACACUGGAGCCGAUCCGCUCAUGCCGAGCGACUUUCGACUCGGCAUCGCCCCGAACAAGCACGUCGCUCACCCAGACGCCAAGCGUCUCGCUCACGAGCUCAUCGAGGUCACGGGCCUGCUCGAGCACGUCGAGCGACUGCCGAUUCGGCCGGCGAGGGAGGAGCACGUCCUGCUCGUCCACGACGCAAAGUACGUCGAUCGGGUCAAGCGCGAGAGCAACGAAACCGGCGGGGACUGCGGCGACGGCGUCUCGCCGUUCGGCCUGGGCGCCUACGACCUCGCGCUCAAGGGCGUCGGAGCGUCACUCCAGCUCCUCGAGUCGGUCGUCUCUGGCAAGGUGCAGAACGGCUAUGCGCUCGUGCAUCCUGCAGGCCAUCACGCCGAGCCCGAUCGCGGUCGCGGCUUCUGCAUGUUCAACAACGGCGCGAUCGCCGCAGAGUACGCGCGCAAGAAGCUCGGCUUGAAGAAGGUCGCCAUCGUCGACCUCGACGUACACCAUGGCAACGGCGCCGAGAAGAUCUUUUGGGAGCGUAACGACGUCCUCACGAUCUCGAUCCACCAGGACCGCUGCUUCCCGCCAGACCGCGGGUUUGCCUCGUCGCGCGGCGCCGGCAAAGGCUUUGGCUACAACUUCAACAUUCCGCUUCCGCCUGGCAGCGGCACCGACGCCUACCUUUAUGCGCUCAAGACGCUCGUGCAGCCUGCGCUGCGCCGGUACAAGCCCGACAUCAUCAUCGUGCCCUCAGGCCUCGACGCCAACAUCAUGGACCCGCUCGCUCGACAGUCGGUAACGGCCGACGGCUUUGCGCUCAUCACGCGCGAGAUGAUGAACGUCGCCAACGAGGUGACGAAAGGCCGGCUCGUUUACCUCCAAGAAGGCGGCUACUCGCCCCAGUACACGCCGAUCUGCAUCCACCGCAUCAUCGAGACGCUUGCAAACGUGACGACGCUGGCCGAGGACCCGUACGGCUACAUCAUCAACACGCAGUACGGUCAAGAGCUCGAGCCGUGGCAGCGGGCCGCGGUCGACGCGCUCAAGCCGCACGUCAAGGACAUCUGA